GGAAAGAAGGGCAUAUCAGGGUAGAAAGGUCGUCGCGCGCAAGAGUAACUUCUUCAGAAGCUAGACAGCCACUGCUCGUCUUAGGACGCUAUUUCAAAGCCCAAGCUAGCCCGGAUCUGGGUCUCUCCACACGUUACCGGACCUUUUUUUUUUUUUUUAUCUCUUUUUCCAUUUUUCUCAAAAAGUCAUGAUCAUUUUCGAUGACUUGCUAGGUGUGUAUGGGGUACGAACGGAAACCACUCAAGGGCAAAUGGGAGAAACAAAGCGAACGGAGUCAGGGAACACACGUUUUUGUGCGGAAUAUCGCACAUCAAUCAUAUCAGCAUUUCAAGGUGUUGGGAGCCCGGUCAUUCUCAAAGGUUUUUCCACGGAACGUUUUCUCUCUUCAUAAUUUUCUUUGUACGUUGUUCAUCUCUUGUUCUCCGGCGUUAGCAUGUCAAUCUCUUGUUUUACAUACUAGUCUUAUCGAUGGCAUUCGAUUGAUAUCUACCUACAUCGAUUGCGCCUUUCGCCUUUCAGUUUUGCCAUUCUAGUUCAUUUGAAUGAGAACAAGGAGGAAAAAUCAAUCGAGACUUGGGAGCCUAGGGUAUAGUUGCCCAUUCGUACAUGACCGUCACAUCAAAUCCAUUUAAAACUUCCGUUCGCGGUCUACACAGUCGUUUUUAAUAGUAGUUCCUUCAUCUCAAAAUGGGAUUGGGGUGGAGUGGCGGUUCAUCAUUAUCAAGUGAACUCGCAUGAGUAGGAGGAAGAGCGAGGGCAGGUGAAAAUACAGUCGUCUUGAAGUUAUAAGCGAUCUAUGAUGGCGAUCACUGAUGUGGUGGUUCGUAGUAAUGAUGGCGUCGUUGCGAUGUUUCUUAAUUCAGUUAUCGUUAUCUCACUCAGUUUGCACCGGCACCAGGGUUACAUAGCAACUUUAUGAU